AUGCAAGAAGACGCGCAAAUGGCGUCGUUGGAAGAGCUCUUCGAGUUCAUCGACUGCUGUGUAUGCCCCGACGUUUUCUCCGACAGCAUCGACACCACCACACCGCCCACGAAGCCGAAGCGUAGACGGAAACGAACGGGCUGGAGCUCAUCGACCGGACUUCAACGACGCAAGCGAGCUGAGCUGCAAUUCUUGCGAGAGCACGUCCAUGACCUCGAAGAGUACGCGGAAAGGCUUCAGAAUCGAGCUGGGCUGCCGAGAGAGAGCGAAGAGAAAGAUGCACUAACUUGCGACUGGCAGGCAAUGGCUGCAAUCGAGUAUGCGGAGCGACAAAAAGCGGAGGAGCUCAACCGGACUCUCAAAAGGAUCAUGGACAAGCAGCUGCAGGUUAGCGAGGCAUUUAGGCUGAUGGCGGGCCAGAACGCGCUAGUUUGA